UUUUUUUCAAACUAUCACCGUUAAUAUCAUCACUUCUCAUAGCAGAGAGAGAUCAAAGGACUUGCUUACCCUGAAACGAUGGCGCACGAAAGCAUAUUCCUCCUCAUCGCUUUAUUUUGGUUUUCGUUUAACAAUCCUUGUUAUUCAGAAACAGAUACCUUACAUCAAGGUCAACAGUUGAAGGACUGGGACGAAUUAAUAUCAUCAAACAGGAUCUUCUGUCUAAAGUUCUUCAGCUUUGGCACUAUGGUGAGUCCUUAUCUAGGGGUAUUCUACAACAAGGAACAAAUUCGAUAUCGUCAAGAUGAGUACUACAGAAAGAAGGAAUCUGACAACUCAGCAGUUUGGGUAGCAAACAGAAACCAUCCAAUCCCGGAUAUAUACGGCAGGCUCAUCAUAGAUGCUAAUGGAAGGUUCAGCAUUUUAUCUAGUAUAGGCACUGUCGUUGAUCUCUUCACUCCAACUCAACUAGUAACACACAAAGUGAGCGUUACACUGUUGGAUUCAGGGAAUUUGGUGCUUCAAGAACUGCAUCCAGAUGGAUCUGUGAAGCGGGUUUUAUGGCAAAGCUUUGAUUACCCGACAGACACGCUUCUACCUGGAAUGAAACUGGGAAUUAAUCUCAAGACUGGGCACAGAUGGUCACUGACUUCUUGGCGGAACGAUGAACUACCGGCCCAAGGGUUAUUUACAUUGGUAGGAGACCUUAAUCGCACAGGUCCAAUUGCCAUUCUGAGGCAACGGAAUGCCCUCCACUGGACGAGUGGACCGUGGGAGAAUGGUGAAUUUAAAAACACUGAUCUACUGUCUUCUGGUCCAGAUGUCCGCUUCUACUAUGUUUCUAAUGAGACUGAGCAGUCCUUCACAUAUUUAACGAGAACAUAUGAUUCAUAUCCAGCUCUGAGGAUGCAUCAAGAUGGCCAGCUUACGGGUUCACCUUUAAACUUAAGCGUCCACUGCCGCUACAUCAAUGACCCUCCUGGUUGUGUUGAAGAUGAGUUUGAGAGAAAACAAUGCAGGAAAGAUUAUCACUUUGGUUCAACAUAUGACUACUACUACUACAAUACUUAUAGUUAUGUGGAUGAGUAUGUAUAUGAUGAAAGCUAUAACUUACAUGAUUGCCAACAGAUAUGUUGGAGCAAUUGUUCUUGUGUGGCCUUUACUACAACAAGAAACAGGGUAGGAUGCAAGACUUAUGGUAAAAGGGUAUACAAUCCAGAAACCGUUGACCCAUAUAAACGAUAUUACACCAUCGAAGAAAAUAAGAAAAGGGGGACCAAUAAGGCCUGGAUUGGCAUAGUUGUCCUGAUAGUUCCUUUAGCUGUACUUCUCUCAUGCUAUUGGGUAUGCAAGACCUUUGAUGUUAAAGAGAUAGCUAAGAAAAUCAAAAGGCUGUUGCUGCUCCAGAUGAGACGCAUGAGACGGUUCUACAUCAAUAUACGAACAGAUAAAAAUAUGAACACUGAGCUGCGUUAUUUCACCUUUCAAAGCAUCUCAUCUGCCACUAACAAUUUUUCAAGCACUAAUAAGCUAGGAAAGGGGGGUUUUGGUGAGGUUUAUAAGGGCAAAUUAGUUGAUGGGCAAGAGGUUGCGGUCAAACGACUUUCAAAAACCUCUGGACAAGGAAUCAAGGAGUUUAAGAAUGAAACCGAACUCAUUGCCAAACUUCAACAUACUAAUCUUGUGCGGCUUCUAGGUUGUUGCGUUGAAAAACAAGAACAAAUCCUUGUAUAUGAAUAUAUGCCUAACAGUAGCUUGGAUUCCUUUCUAUUUGAUCCAACAAAGAAAGGAUUACUGGAUUGGAACAAUCGCUUUGUGAUAAUUGAUGGCAUUGCUCAGGGUCUUUUGUACCUCCACAAAUUUUCAAGGCUGAGGAUAAUCCAUAGAGAUCUGAAAGCCAGUAACAUCUUGCUAGAUGACUACCUCAAGCCAAAAAUAUCAGAUUUUGGCAUGGCAAAGUUAUUUGGGAGCAACGAGUCAGAAGCAAAUACAAGUAGAGUCGUUGGAACACGUGGGUAUAUGCCUCCAGAGUAUUUCAUAGAUGGCACCAUUUCAACCAAGAUAGAUGUCUUUGGUUUUGGUGUUUUGCUGCUUGAGAUAAUAAGCAACAAGAUGAAUUAUGUGAGCUAUGAUGUGGAACACCCACUUAACCUUCUUGGACUUGCAUGGGAAUUGUGGAACCAAGGCAGAGGUUUGGAGUUGAUGGAUCCAGUACUGGAAGAUACAUGCACUCCCAAGGAAGUGAUGACAUGCAUUCAUGUGGGUCUCUUAUGUGUUCAAGACCAUGCCGCAGAUAGGCCUACCAUGUCUGAAGUUGUUUCUAUGCUUACAAACGAAAAUAUGAAUCUACCUGAGCCAAAACGACCAGCGUUCUUCAUUGAGAGGCACGGAGCUGAGACUGAGACAGGAAGAGGAGAUAAUUUGGGAAACGGGUCUGAAAAUAGCGAAUCAAUUUCAAUUUUAGUUUCAAAAUAAAAGUCAGCAAGUUUAAUAUCAUUAUCAUGCUUAAUAUGCUACUUUUCUAAGGAAACAGGUUAGGAAAUGA